AUGGCUAAAAGUAAUCACUCCGUGCUGACCGAGUUCAUUCUUGUAGGCCUUACAGAAAAUAGAGAGCUCCAGCCUUUCCUCCUGGUGUUCUUCCUAAUGAUUUACAUGAUCAGUGUUGUAGGAAACCUUGGUUUGAUUGUCUUAAUCCAUAUCAGUCCUCACCUUCACACCCCUAUGUACUUUUUCCUCAGUCAUCUAGCUUUUGUUGACUUCUGCUAUACUUCCUCUAUCACCCCAAACAUGCUGGUGAAUUUCAUGCAAAAGGUUAAAAAAAUAUCCUUUAUUGGAUGAGCCACUCAGAUGUGCUGCUUCAUUAUAUUUGUAGUUUGUGAGGUCUUUCUCCUCUCCAUCAUGGCCUAUGACCGCUAUGUGGCCAUCUGUAACCCUCUACUCUAUACGGUAGUCAUGUCUCAAAAAGCCUGUAUCCCAAUGGUUGCGAGCACUUAUACCUAUGGCUUGUGUGUUGGGAUCCUCCAGACUGUGGUUACAUUCCACUUGUCCUUCUGUGCCUCUAAUAUAAUCAAUCACUUUUACUGUGAUGAUGUUCCUUUGGUUGCCUUGGCCUGUUCUGACACUUACAUCCAAAAUCUAUUGAUAUUUGUAUUUGCUGGUGUCAACACACUUCUUUCUCUUCUGAUUGUCCUGGUCUCUUACCUAUUCAUUCUCCUCGCCAUUCUGAGGAUCCAUUCUGCUAAGGGGAAGAAGAAGGCGUUCUCAACCUGUGCUUCUCAUAUGGUCUCUCUUUUCAUGUUUUAUGGAACAGUAAUCUUUACUUAUCUGAAACCCAAAUCAAGCCAUGCCUUGGGUACUGAUAAGAUAGCCUCUGUGUUCUACACAGUAAUGAUCCCCAUGUUGAAUCCCCUCAUCUACAGCCUUAGAAACAAGGAGGUGAAAAGCGCCCUACAAAAAGUUUUGGGGAAAGUAUGUUUCAAGAAAAAAUAA